AUGGAGGGCUUCAGAAGCAUCGCGUCGCAUAUUACCAACAAGAUGGGGCUUACUGACAGCGGUGAGACCUCCGCACCCGACCCGGCGACUGCUGCUGGUGAAGAUCUGUCCAAGUCCAUGGGCGAUCCAGAGCCAUCUCCUGACGUUCUACAAGGACGAAACCAGGGUGAACCGCGUUCGCCCCGCAUCGACAGAGAGUCAUCGGGUCACGAUGCAAGACGAGGGGAAUCACCGCGAAGGAUGGCGACAGCCCGCCCAACAGUGGCUGGCGAUGCAAGCUCGAGGCCGAAGGAGGACCGGCACACCUCCACGAUCCAACGGAUGGAUAGAGAGAUCGCUAAGCUCAAGCGAGACCUGGAAAUGAUGACGCGACAUGUCAGUCAUUGGCACAAUGAAACCAUGCGUUGCCAAUCGGAGAUAAACACGUCCCGCACCAACUUGGAGCUUGCUCAGAGGGAGAUCAGCAAAGCGAGCAAGCACACAGAGACUCUGGUCAAGGAGAACACCCAGCUGGGGGAGCUGCUCGAGACUCGCCGACAAGAGCUGCAGGACGCCCAGCGCUUCAUGGGUACGGAAGACACGUUCGCGGAGAGCGAGGUUGUUCAGGAGGUUCACGGCCUGAACACGGAGAUCUUCAACUUGGCACGUUCGAUGGCAGAUGGAGCCGUGCCUGUCCAAAACAAGGAUAUGAAGCGCGCCGCAUCGGAAGAGAUCAUACACGCCUUGGGGCGUCCUUUUGUCUCCGUGCUCGAAUCCACAGAUCCACAGGGAGACACCAUCCUUCUCGAGAUCGCCAUCCAAGCUGCCGCUACAAGAUUUCUUGCGUGGAUCAUCUCCACAUGGACGAGAAAGGCUGAAAGCGACAGCGUUUUGUCAUCAAUAUACGAGAGGAUCCGAAGAUCCGAAAAUCAGAGCGUUGCAGGCCAAUGGCGUGCUUUGACCCGAAAGUUCGCACAGGCUGAACAAGUCAGCGCACGGCAGCAGGAAGACAGCUACAGACAGAAGCUGGUCACGUUGCUACAACAUGUUGCGGCACUGUCACGCAUGCGUACCCCUUCGGAAAGGGAUCCGCGAGAACUCGUACAGAUCCUGGUCAGCAAAGCCUUCAAGAUCCGCCACCUCAUUGGUGAGGCCAUGAAAAGCAGCGAAUACGAGAUUCUGCUUAAGCAACCAGGAGCAGCAUUCGUGGCGGAAGAUAUGAAGGACGUGUAUUGCCCGAGAGGUAAAGGGAAACGCACGGGGUUAUCCGUCUUGUAUUGUGCAUCAUUGGGGCUUCGACGGGUCGAGAAGGUCGAGGGGGGCUUGCGAUCGACCACGCUUGUCAAGCCGGACGUAGGCCUCCAAACUCUAGUGGAGGAUCUGGGUUUGGCGGACGGCGGCGAUGUGAAGAUGUCAGGCUAG